AUGGCUACCUGGUUACCAAAUUCAAAGGCUAAGCCUGUGAUGCUUAGACGAGGGAGGAAAUCGACCCGUUCGAAAGGUGCGAGCCGACGAUUUUCUUGCCCAUUUGCUAGAGUGUCCCCUGAUUCUCUUCACAAUUGCCACAAGGGUGGUGGCUUUGCGGACACGUCUCGCGGAACACAUCUACAGCACGAUAAUAGCCUUUCUCCCGACAUAGCCAAUGAACUUGUCACCUCGAAAAGCAGCAGCGGCGAAUAUGAAUUCGACCCUUUCAUCAACCCGAUAUCGUUUCUGCAGGGUGAAGCACCGAUAUACCAGGAGUAG